ACUGCUUUUAAAGCUUUGGUACAUGAUUUGUAUGGCCAAUACUGCUAACACUGUGGUGUAUCAAGACAACAGAUCUGACCUCACUGCAGACUGGUCACAAAUGGAUCCGUCAAUGAGUGAUGAGAUGAACAGAAAUGGCUAUUUCUUCCACAAUUACAGGGCCAGGCAAGCCUGGGAGCACAAGAGCUGGCCCAAGUUGGCUGUGCUGCUUGCAGGACUACUGUGUGUGGCGCUUCUGUCUUCCAUGAUUGGACUGUAUGCCAAGAGCACUGCGGAGAGAAACCAGUGUGAGUUGGGGUACAGCGGGCUGAAGACGGAGACAGAGGAGCUACAGACCAACCUGACCAAAGACAGGGACCUGCUAAAUGACCAGCAUAACGAGCUGAAGCUACUGCAUUCCCAGCUACAGCUGACAUACAACAUAACAGAUAGAGUGAAUGAUCAUCUGCUAUUGCGGCUUUGUAAAUUGGAGAUGAAAGUAAAAGAGAAUGCAGUGGACAUAUCACUGGACCCAGAUACUGCAGGUCCCCUUCUGAUCUUUUCUGCAGAUAGGAAGCGAGUGUGGUUGGGAGACAGUCAACUGAGGCGCCCAUCCAGUCCCAAGAGGUUUGAUGCCCCUAUUGCCUUAGGUAAACAGGGAUUCUCCACUGGCAGAUUUUACUUUGAGGUUCUGGUCAAAGGGGUGACAUCCUGGUAUUUAGGGGUCACAAGAGAGUCCAGUAACAGGAAGGGAAGUAUCAUACCUCGACCGCAGAUCGGUCACUGGACCAUACGCCAAAAUGCUCAGAAAGAGUUUUUUGCUUUAGCUGACAACCGUGUCACUUUUAACCCAUUAAGUCGUGUUGAGAGAGUGGGAGUGUUUGUGGAUUAUGAGGCAGGGGAGGUCUCCUUUUACAAUGCAGGAAUGUGGGUCUGGGACCUGCUCUACUCUUUCAACCAUGUUCAUUUUAACGACACAAUAUAUCCGUUCUUCUGCGCACAAGCAAAAUCUCCUCUGAUCAUCAUCACUACCCCGGUGUCUUGCUAUGAAGACUUCUAAUAAUAUCCACACCAUUUGCCAAGAUUAUAUAAACAUUUGUGAUUCUGGUGAGAUUAACGGUCUUUUGUAUAAUGUAGCAUUGCAUCUCCUGUAUAUGAUUUAUAACACAAUAUGUUGGUAAUUGUAAAGGUUAAGGUGACUGUCCAGCAAAUAGUAUUUGUCCUUUGUUGUCAGUAUCAUUUUUUACAAUUGCUAACAUGCUUGUGUCCAAUCUCUGGUCACAUUUUCAAAACUCUAAGUACAUCUGUUGUGGACCAUGCCAUUAACAACAUCUAUUACUGUUGCACAAUUUACAGUCCAUGAGCAAGUUACUAGAAUUGUAUCAAUUUCUUUACCCAACACCCAAAUUAUGACUAUUUGUGGUCAAAUGCUUACAAACAGUAUGCCAGAAUACAAACAUAAUGUACAAAACCUUAAAUUAUAAAGUAUCCUCUGCAAUAGCAUUUGUUCAAAAGCUAUAAUGAUGAACAAACAGGUCAUAUAAAAAAAAUAAGCGGUGUAAAAGUAACUAAACAGAUAAAUAGACCAACCAGAGACCUAGCCAAUUAGGCAUAGACAUUAUUUCACUGUAAUUACAUGGACAUAGUGUAAACGAGACUAUUUGAGAUUGAUUUUGUUCAAUGUGGAGAGGAACAGAGGAACAGAGAGAGGACAACAUUAUGCCUGGACAAAGGAGAGGAAUAAGCUACACACGGGAGAGGAAGAGCCCCAGGGAAAGGUCAAGAGUAGUUACAGGACCAGGGAAAGGUCAAGAGUAGUUACAGGACCAGGGAAAGGGAGAAGGACUGUUACAAGGAGAGGAGACAUGCCCAAAGAUGAGGAAGAGCUGUUGUCACUGAUGAAAUAGGACUAUGCAUAUUUUUUGUCCAUUCUGUGCUUUUUACUGAAUAUGUGUAUUGUAUUUUGAGACUUAUGGAACCAAAGGGCAGCUAAAUUGUUUGCAGUUGCAAAAUGCUGUAAAGAUUUUACUGCAGCAUUUCUGGCAUAGUAUUUUCAUACUGUACAUUCUAAAUAUAAAUUAUUAAUUUACUUUUAGAUAAUAUAAUGCUAAAAUGACACAUCUAACACUCAUCCAAAAACAGAUGGGUAUGGUAAAACAAUGGAUCACUUAUUGUACACUGUAUUCAGGUUGCUGUACUGAAACAUAAAGUAACACACUUUUUGAAAUGACACAAAUGAUAGUAUUUUGACUGUGCUCCUCUUGGAUAUAAAAAUGUGUGCUAUGCUUUUAGACUGAUUUGACUUUGAAACAGGUACAAAUAAAGUUUGUUUAUGUGGGGAAAGUUUUUUUUUUUUUGUGAUGUGGUGUUGUGGUGAUGUGGACUUCAUAUGUUCAUGGACAAAAUGGUUUCAAGCAGGAAAUAAACUUUUUGGUGAAUUUU